UAUAGUUUUAUGCUAGAACUUUGGUGGUUAAGUAGAAAUGCAGGCAAUAAGGUUGGAGACUUCAUUUUCUUAGGAUUUGUUAGGUCCUAGAUUCUGUAAAUUACAUCAAAUGCAUUCACUCCAAUGAUAUUGUUCUGGUCUGCAAAAUGAAAAAUGAACCUCUCAUGAAUACAUUGAAUUGCUUAACCAGCCUUAAUGAGUCUUUUCCUUCUGCAUCAUAGUGGCUGAGUUACAUUUUGUGUUUUGAUUGCUUGUCUUACAUUCCAUUCCAUCAUUGUUGUGCAAUUUAUGGCACAGUAUAGCUCUGACAAAAUUGUUUACAGAGUCCACUGCUAAAAGGUAAGAUCAUAAGAAAACAUAAACUGGCACAAAAAAAAAGAUUUAUCAAGAAUUUUCUUUUUGGUCACUUAUAUGUCAUAGACAAUAGAGAGAGAGGAAGAGGGAAAUACCUUCAAAAAAGAAACAACAAAAUAAGGAACAAAAUUAUGAAAAUAAUAGUAGCAAUAGAGUUAGUAUAAACACAAGCAAUUAACCAACGGGGAGACAGAGAGGGCAAGAAGAUGGUAGCCACACAUUCUGCCAAACGGAGGAUGCUUCACUCCAUCCUCCACUGCCGGUAGACACCAACAGCUCCUUUCCCUCCCUUCCACCAAAUAGACAAACAAACUAGAGGGAGAGACUGGAAUAGUAUGGUGAAAGUGGAGAUAGCCGACUAUUGAACCGUGACGGAUAACGGAUUCCCCCUCCUUCCUCCACUUCUGGACAAGUGCUUGCAACUUUUCCCCCACCAUCUCGAAGUUUUAGUGCGUAAAUAAGAGAAAUUAUGUUACUCUUAUCUCAAUCACAUAUCAAAUGAGUUUAGGUUAUUAUGAAAUUACAUAUAUGCCAGAAAGUUAUUGAAUAAUGCAAACAUUACUCAAAUUAUAAACAAAUGUGAUUUGAUCUCUCAUCCUUUAAUUUAUUUCCUGUUGUGGUUGCACAAUUUUUCAUCCGCAAUAAACCUAAGUUUCUGGUUAGUUGAUAUUUGUGUUUCAUAUUUGGACAUUGAGUAUGUUAAACUUAAACAUAGGCUAUAAGUUUUCUUAUAACUCAUUUGACUAUCUUCUAAGCUUGUUCUCAAAGCAGCGUUGUUUGGCAAACAAGUUUAUCCUACCAGUUUAAUAGUUUGUGUCCUAGUUGAGGCCACAUUUUCUAAAUUUCCUGUCAGAUGAGGGCAAUAAGGACUUAUUAUCACUUGGAGACUUCAUUUUCUUAGGAGCUGUUAGACCCUAGAUUCUGUAAAUUACAUAAAAUGCUUCUGGUCUUCAAAAUGAACCUCUCAUGAACACAUUAAAAUGCUUAACCAGCCUUUAUGAAUUUUGUCCUGCAUCAUGGUGGUUGAGUUUUAUUUUUUUGUGUUUUGAUUCCAUCACUGCUGUGCAAUUUAUGACACGAUUUAGCUCUGACGAAAUUGUCUACAGAGUCCACAUAUAAUCAACAAAUGUGAUUUGAUCUCUCCUCUAAUUUGUUUCUUGUUGCGAUUGCACAAUUUUUCAUCCGCAAUAAAUUUAAGUUUGCAGUUAGUUGAUAUUUGUGUUUCAUGUUUGGACAUUUUGAGUGUGUUUAACAAAGGCUAUAAGUUUUCUUAUAACUCAUUUGACUAUCUUCUGAGCUUGCUUUCAAAGCAGCAUUGUUUGGCAAACAAGUUCAUCCUUCCAGUUUAAUAAUUUGUGUCUAUUGUGUGAGCCACCAAAAUAGGUGAUUCACAAAACAUAAACAAAGUUGAUAUCGCAUAACAAUCUAUGUACUAUCUCUUCAAGUUUUAGAUACUAUGAAAGGAUAAAAAAUUACAAACCUCAAGUAGAGACCUGUGAAAUGUGAGAACUAAGAAUUACAGCCUCGUCUGUACUGAAUUCCCUCGAUGGUAGACAACCCUGAAAGCGGUAGUAGUCAGUUGCUGUUUAAAAAGGUUGUCCUCCAUUGUUUGUGCAUCAAAGUUUAGAGCAGGAAUUAAGUUUCUAGAAAAAAAGUUUGAGUGCAAUUAUAGGCCAGCAUGAAGGUUGGUAGUGAGGCUCACUCACUGGUGGACAUUGCCAGGCAUUGUUAGUGGUGAAUUUGGAUUGUUUCAAUGAAUGUAGAAAUUGUGUGAUGCUCUGGAUUGUGUUAACUAUAUUUGUCUCAGCAUAAUAUUUUUUUUUGGGUUAGUAUAUAUUGAUAGGAAUCUAUUUGAAAUGAACAUAAUUUUUUUUUUGAACAAAGACAUGAACAUAAAUUUUAAAACAAUAAGAUGAAGUAUUGAGUAAAAAGUAUCCUCAAAUGAAUACUAAAAAGAAAAAAAAUUGUGAAGUUAAAAUUAUGAGAGUAAAUUGAGGGUAAAGUUAAGAGCAAAGAGGUGAAAUUAUGAGACUAAAAAAACGAUCUCAUUACCAACGAUCUCAUCCAUGUUGGCGGACCACAACGAUCUCAUUACCAAAAUAUUACAAAUAUUAUUGUAAAAAAACGGUAACAAUAAUAAGAAUUUUUAAUCAAAGUAUUAUAUAUAGUCCUUAGUUUUUUUUUUUAAAAGGGAAUACAGUUCUUAGUCUUGUUUUUUUAGAGCAGUUCUUAGUCUUGUUGAUUAACAAUAUUUUGAAAACCCCAAGCUGGUAACGAAUCAAAAUAACAUGGAGUUGCUCGAGUGACGACAAUUCUCACCAGCUGGUAACGUGAACCCUAAAUUGGUAUAUAUAUCUAUACAUAGUAUUGUGAUUUAUUUAUUGUUUUUUGAAGACUUGAUAUAAUCUUUAGGAAAAAAUGUUUAAUAUUAACAAGUGUGUGUACGUCUUACGUAUUAAUUAAUGUUAUUUUUAUCAUAUAUUAUGCAUGGCAACCACAAGCCAUAGUCAUUUUAUGGCCCUAUAAAUAAAGCCAUAAUCAAGCAGCAAAUAAUUCAAAACACACACAACUCUAAAAAUGAACUCCUUUCGUCUCAUAGCAACUUUUUUGUGUUGUAUUGCAGUUGUGUUUGGAGUGUUACCUUUAUGUUCAAAUGCACAGCUUGAUCCAGCCUUUUAUAGCAAAACUUGUCCAAAUCUUAAUUCCAUUGUCCGCGAAAUCGUUAGGAACUUUACUAAGAUUGAGCCCCGAAUGCCUGCGAUUCUAAUCAGGCUUCACUUUCAUGAUUGUUUCGUUCAAGGUUGCGAUGCAUCCAUUUUGCUGAACAACACUGCUACUAUCGUGAGCGAACUACAAGCUCUCCCAAAUAUCAACUCCAUAAGAGGUUUGCAAGUUGUGAAUCGUAUCAAGACAGACGUGGAAAAAGCUUGCCCUAAUACAGUUUCUUGUGCUGAUAUUCUUGCACUUGCUGCUAGAAUAUCUUCCGUCCUGAGUAAAGGUCCCGGUUGGAUCGUUCCAUUGGGAAGAAGGGAUAGUCUAACAGCAAAUCGAACCCUCGCAAAUCAAAAUCUUCCAGCCCCUUUCUUCAAUCUAAGUCAACUUAAAUCUUCCUUUGCUGCUCAAGGUCUCAACACGGUUGAUCUAGUAGCACUCUCAGGUGCACACACAUUUGGGAGAGCACGUUGUUCUUUAUUCGUUGAUCGAUUAUACAACUUCAGCAAUACUGGCGAACCUGAUCCAACUCUUGAUACAACGUACUUAAAACAAUUGCAAAACGAAUGUCCUCAAAAUGGACCUGGAAAUAACCGUGUAAAUUUCGACCCAACUACUCCUGAUACAUUGGACAAGAACUUCUACAACAAUCUUCAGGUUAAAAAGGGUUUGCUUCAAAGUGACCAAGAAUUGUUUUCAACACCAAAUGCAGAUACCACUAGCAUUGUUAAUAACUUUGCCAAUAACCAAAGUGCUUUCUUUGAGAGCUUUAAGAAAGCAAUGAUUAAAAUGGGUAAUAUUGGUGUGCUUACCGGAAAGAAAGGAGAAAUAAGGAAACAAUGCAAUUUUGUUAACAAAAAAUCUUCUGAGUUAGAUCUUGCCGCUCUGGUCUCCACAGAAUCAUUUGAUGGGGAUAUGGUUAGUUCAAUUUAAAUGAAAUGUGGUGAUUGGAAGUCAUUAACAAAGAAGUGUGGUUUGAGAUCAAUUUUUACCCGAAAUCAUCAUCUUCAUCUUUUUUUCCUUAUAUCAAUCUAAUUAAGUAAUGUUCACAUAGAUUUAAGUUUAUUUUUCUCGUGAUUUCAUCAUAUGAGAGCAGUGCUGUGUUGUUCGUCGUCUUGUGGGACGUUGUUUAA